AUGAAAAUCUGUGUACUGCUGCUAUUGACCCACUGUGCCAUUGCGGCCGAGUGGCAGUGUGGUAGUGGCCGCUUCUCGACGGCCGUCGCUUAUAUCCUGAGCUUGCCAGCUACGGAUAGGGAUUAUAUAAACAGUUGCUGUAAAGCUCACGAUCAACAGUAUGAUCUCAUUCAAAACAGGUCUUCAUUAUUAACAACACAAGAGUCGGAUUACAUCUUCAAGGAGUGCCUCGCACAAUCAAAUUUCGGGCUGGCUCAUCUGUUCCUUCUCCCUCUCCGAAUCGCCGUUUCCGGAUUGAACCAAAUCGCCAGAUUUCUCCUGAUCUAA